GCUCUUAUGUUGAUAUUUAUCUCAAUAAAUGCGGCGCGUGUAUCCCCCGCGCGCCACGAAAUCUCUUAAUAAGAAAUCUCGAAAUAAAUCCCUUGCCGUACGACCGCGCGGAACGAUGCAUAGGGCACGCGGGACGAGAAGACAGGACCUACGGAAGCUCGCGAGACCGGAGGACUCCUUCGACGUUCCGUCCGAGAUCACGGAGGACACGAAGCCGAUCAAAACUCUCGCGGCGGCUCGCCUCGGGGAAAUGGGGAGGGUUAAGGAGGAGCUGAAGGCGAUGCUUCCGACAUUGACACCUUCGGAAGUGAGAAGAUUUCGUUUACCGCUUCACGAAGCGAUUAUUGACGAGCUCGAGGAGAGAAAUUACGGAGAAUCGGUUAGUUACUUGAGAGAGUUAUUCGAGCUCGACGAGGAGACUCGCAAGGAGACCGGUCCUGGUACUCUAACGUGGGAGAAGCCACGCUUGAAAGACAACAGGAACGGAUUGUUACGCCUCAAGGAGGGCUUGAUCAACAUCGAACGAGCUAAAAACGCUGGUACUGGCGAAAGAAAAUCGAAAUUUUUUUUCCUGGACGUAGGGGACCACGUUUCCACGGUCGCGGGAUUUCUGAACCUGGCGCUGUUCUUCCAAGCGAUGACUUGGGAAUGGUGGUGGAUAGCGGAGCGGCUUCAUCGCAGCGCUCUGGAGAACGCUAAAUCAGUCGAGGAUGACGACCAGGAGAUGAGCACCUUAGCGCAUUAUCUUUACGGUCGAUUUCUGUUCGAGAAAAUACAGGAUACGAUGGAAUCGUUGAAUCAUUUAAAAGUCGCUCGUGAAGCGUCUCAGAAUAAAUCGUGGAACGCGUCGAAGAUAAUCGGUCGUAAGGAGGAGACUGUCUUUCGAGAAUGUAACGUGCUUCUCUACAAAACGCUGCUGAUGCACGCGCAACAAGUUGAUCCCGAUCAACCGGAUGUCGCCGCGAAAAUGUACACCGAAGCUCUCGCACGAGCGACGGACUGUGAGUCGGGGAAAAAAAAAAAAAAAAAAAACUCAUUCCUGAUAUUAUCAGUUGUCUUCGCAUCCGUAGCUGGGCACUAUGAGUACAUGGCGAACGCUUUGUACGAGCUGGGGAUGAGUCAGUUACGAUCGGGCGAUGUGAAAUACGCGUUCCGAAACUUUUCCAAGUUCCUGGCGUUGGCCAAGAGGAUUUCGGACCCAGAGGGGAUCUGCAACGCGCAUAUGGCGAUGGCAUUUGCGUAUAAGUUACGUGAACUGGGCGACGACGCGAACACAGAGAAGCAUCUCCACCUGUUCAUGGUAAAUGCAGUAGAGUUCGGACUCACGACAAAAGUCGCACAGGCACACUACUGCACUGGCGAGCAUUUUUUGAGUAAGAAAAGGCCAGAUAUCGCAACGCUUCAUUUGAAAAAAUCUUUUGAGCUGUACAACCAACUUGGCUUGCACAAUGACGCUGAUAAAGUGCGAGACUUUGCUGGAGUCUCGAAAGGCGAGUUAUAUGCUCCUUCAAAACGUUAAUUGUAACCAUGUGACGCAUUUAAAAUGUCUUCAUCUUUUCGAGGGCAAAUAAUCAUCGAUCAAUGCGUCCAUCUUGUGCAGUAGUAUGGAGCCGCUGAUCCGAAGGCGAUUACGGCGCUCUGAUAUUGGAAAAAUCGUAGAAAUGUUUUUUUGAUUGAAAAAGAACAGAAGAAGCUGCGCGCUGGUAUGAAAAUGUUCAGAAAUCAAUUGAUAAAAAUUAAGUUAAAUCUUACAAAAAAUCCGUCUUUUGCAAUUUUGAAACAUCUCAAUUAUCGCAAUUUACAUUACAAAUAACUAUGCGAUAUUAUUUUAAAUACAAAAGAACUUGGUACCGGAAAAAAAAAAUUUAGCAAUAUCACAAAUGUCAUAAAAUAGCAAUGAAAAUUUUGAUUCGAUACACAAAUGCACAAUAAUUAAUGCAAUAUUUUUCAUCUUGCGUCAACAAAUUAUUUACAAUAAAUGUGCCCUUAUUUUUGUAGAAUCAGAUAAAGCGUAGUAUAUCAAUAAACGUUCAAAUAUUAUACUUUAUAAUUUUAUAUCUGUAAUAACAUUCUAUUAUGAUAAAUAUUAAUAUUCAAUAACUACAAAUUUAAUCUUAAUAAUAAUAUACAUAUUAAAAAUAUAAAAAAAUGUAUUAACAACGCUUUUAUGUAGCCACGUAAUUUUUUACAUGCCAAACGUGAUGACGGGAUGAAUCAUUUAUUUCUAUAAUAAAAAAAGUAUACUAUUUGUAAGAAAAAUCAGUAGAAACUUUAAAAAAAUGUAAAUUUGUUAUAUUAUCAAACAUAAUUAAUAAUAUAUAAUUAACAUGCAUUAUUAUCAUUGUUAUCUAAUUAAAAGAUAUAUCAUGCAUUUUUAUUAUUUUUAUCGUAUACGGUUAAAAAAAAAUUUGUACAGAGAUUUUCAAAAUCUUAUUUUUAGAAAAAAUAAACAUACACGUAAAUGUGCGCGUGUGUAUACAUUCGUUAAUAAAUUGUUUAAUUUUAAUUAAUCAUUGAUUUGAGUAAAAUAAUUCCUUUUUAAUAACAAUUAAUUUAAAUAGAUUUAAUCUAAUACUAUUUAAUUAAAGAUUGAUUUCAAUAAAUUCAAUCGAAUAUGGUUUAAUUGACGAAUAAAUUUAGCAAAAUUAAUCGAAAAUUGCUUCAUGAAAUAAUAAUUUGGGCAAAUUUAAUUUAAGAUUUAAUUAACGAGUAACUCAAGCGAAGUUAAUUGACAAUUGUUAAUUACGGAUUAAUAUACGAAUAAAUAUAAUUUGUUUGAUUUCAUUGAAGACUGAUUUGAAUAAGUUCAAUCAAAGAUUGUUUAAUUGACAAAUAAUUCCAGCCGCUGCAAAUGUAAAAAAGAAAUAUACGUAAAAAAUUAAGAGAUGUAAAUGUAUACAAAAAUAUUGAUAGAAAAUAUUGUAAAUAUGUAAAACAUAUUUACAGAAAUACAAUAAACAUGUUCUUUUGAUAUCACAAUUUCUAGAUCACCAUCGUUACAUUUCCUUACUCAAUAGUAAAAUAUAAUAAUAAUGAGCUUUUUUAUUUAUUAUAAUAAAGAAUACAUUCAAUUUUAUUACUUAAUUAUUUUUGUUACUUUUGUAUUCAGUUUAUCACUUAAUUAUUCUUGCUUAAAGAUCAUCAAUCAAUCAUUAAUUAAAUGAUCUUUCAUUGCAUUCGUUAAAAUUGUCAAUUACACAAUUUUCGAUUAAAUUCACUUGAAUUAUUCGUAAAUCAUCUUCAAUUUCGCUGAAUUUAUUCAUCAAUUAAACAAUCUUCUAUUAAAUUCGUUCAAACAAUCUUCAAUUAAAUCAAGUAAAUUAUAUUUAUUCAUAAUUUAUUAAUAAUUAAUCUGUAAUUAAACAAUUACCGAUUAAAUUUGCUCAUAUCAAUCGUCAAUCAAAUAUUUUUCAAUUAAAUUUGCCCAAAUUCAUAUUUAAUUAAACAAUUUUCGAUUGAUUUCACUGAAAAAUAUCAAUUAACCAUCUUUGACUGAAUUCGUACAAAUCAAUCUUUGAUUAAAUAAAAAAAUUGAAUUUGUUAAAAUUAAUCAAAUAAUUACAAAUAAUUUGAUGUUUGCCUGUCGUUUCUAAAAAUGUUUUCAAAAAUAUCCCCUCUGUACGAAUAUUUUCUAUAUUCAUUGUAUAAUUACAAGAUAGAUAUUUCACUAUCGAUGAAAUAUACCUAGAAUGUAAAUAAGAAAAUUUUUAUAAUUUUAAAUGUUAUAUUACUAUUAUGUUAUUUUUUUUAAUUUAUACAUAUGUAUAUAUAAUUAUUUCCUUAUGUAAAGUGCGCGCAUUUCCUUCUAAACUUAUUACAUUUAGGCAUAGAAUUAUAUUAUUCCCAAAAACUAUUAUAUAUACACAUACAUACAUACAUACAGACAUACAUACAUAUACAUAUAUAUAUAUAUAUAUGUAUGUAUAUAUGUAUGUAUGUGUGUGUGUGUGUGCGUGUGUGUAUGUAUAUAAAUUUUAUAUCUUUUAAAAUCCGGAUUUUAAAAGAACAAUAUAAACGAAUAAUGUAUCUCAUAUGAAUUUAGAAGAUUUGUCAAAAUAAUUAUGUAUGUUAAUCAUUUUGACAUUAAUUAAUGUGGC